AUGGCUGACGAAGUAGAGUUCAAGUUCCAGUCUCCACUUGCACUCGAUAGUUCGAUGUUGUGUCUUCAGAUCAUCAUGCACACCAGUUCAGUGCUAUACAAGUACGGGAAAACCAGAUACGAGAUCAAUGAAAAUUUGGAUGUAAAUGAGUGUGAUGAUACGAGAGUAAGGAGCAAUCCAAGAAAUGGACAAGAAGGGAUAUUCAACGAAGGGAGUGUGGUGGAUUACGAGAAACCAGCGGAUCAAGAAAGAAGAGACGCUUUCGAAACGUCCUCUGUUAUCGCCAAGAUGUUUGAUAGAGAUUAUACAUCCAAUACGAGCUAUGUGGGUAAAGGAGAAGGGCCGAGGGUUCGAAUCCGAGAAUCGGUUGACAUAUUGACGGUGUAUGUCGAUGAUUUGGCUUUCGCGAAGAGAACAACCAGAUUUGCUAGCAUGGAUGAGCCACCGGCAUAG